AUGCAAAUCGGACGCCUCCUUUCGACGAUCGUCGUUGGUCUCACCAUCGCGCAAGCCACACCGAUCCAAGACAAGACUUCAGCCUCAACCCCUGAUGUGGAAGAGCGCAAGGAAUCGCGGGGCAAGGCACCCAAGUACUUUCAGGAAUCAGACUUCUCAAUCCACUACGACGCCCGCUUCGCCACAAAACCCCUCAACGAAACAGCCCAGCGCGAAGCCGUCCAGGUCCUGAUCCAGACCUACCUCGCCACCCUCCGCGACCUCGGCGUCCAGACCUGGCUCAUGCACGGCUCCCUCCUGGGCUGGUGGUGGAACAAGCAGACGCUCCCCUGGGACUCGGACGCCGACGUCCAAGUCACCGAGAACGGCAUCAACUUCCUCGCCGCCUACUACAACAUGACGACCUGGUACUACAAGUACCCGUCCGUCCCGCAGGGCCGCUACUUCCAGCUCGAGGUGAACCCCAACUACGUCCGCCGGGGGCAGGACAGCUUUGACGAGGACAACGUCAUUGACGCCCGCUGGAUCGACAUGGAUAAUGGCCUGUUUAUCGACAUCACUGCCGUUCGCUAUGUCGAGGAUCACCCCGAGGGCGACGGCGUGUUGGCGACCAAGAAUGGCCACGAGUUCCGCGAUACGUUCCUGUAUCCCUUGCUUGAUACCACUUUUGAGGGUGUCAAGGCCAAGAUCCCUUACAAGUACAAGGAGAUGCUCAUCUCCGAGUACGGAGAGAAGGCUUUGACAAACCAAGAGUUCAUGAACCAUAAGUUUGUUGACAGCAAGAUGGAAUGGGUUCCCACCGAUGAACUCUGA